AUGAGUACAUCUCCUAGUUCAAAUAGUCCUUUGACUCAAUUUCAAUUGCUCAUUAAUUCUUCUGAAGAGGAUCUAAUUCAACCAUUGAACGCUUUCUUUGAGACAUUUUUUGCUAUGAAUGAUAGUAUUUCUAUUGAACAGUGGGAUAUGGCUCUUCCUAGUGAUUCUGAAAGGGAACAAAUGAAAGAGCUUAUUUCCUUCCUUAUGAACACUGAUGAUUUUGGCAAAAUCUCUUCUGAUUCGACUUUGCUUUCCCGAGUUGCUCCUCUUCUUGUUAAAUCAAUCCAAUUAACUUUUAUUAAAGUUGCACCUUUUAACUAG